AUGGCUGCCCUCGGUGCCGCUGCUGUGGUCGGCCUAGGCAGCGAGGCCUUUGUGGCCUCCAAGCCCUUGCAGGCGCAGAGUGCUCCAAGCACGUCUUCGCUCAGGGGUGCAACCACCGUUCCGGGAUCGGAAUCCUUUGGUGGCGCGAGCAGGACGUUGGCGGUUGGCGCCGGGGCCGUUGCCACUGCGGUCCUUGGACGAGGAGCUUUGCUGCGCCGCCGCGCUACUGCUGUGAAGAAGAAGGGUGUCCGCGUGGUCGAGGGCAAGGAGAUCCCCUGGAACCUCUUCAGCCCCAAGGCACCGUACGAGGGCAGCUGCGUGUCCAAGGAGACCAUCACCAGCAAGACCCCUUUGGUGAACUGGGAGACGUGCCAUGUGAUCAUGGACCACGGCGGCAAGGUGCCCUACAUCGAAGCACAGCUUGGGUUUCGUGUGCCGCCCACCUCCCCUUCAACCGCCAUGGCAAUCAGUCGGGACGCCCCCAUCAUGGCUGCCCUCGGUGCCGCUGCUGUGGUCGGCCUAGGCAGCGAGGCCUUUGUGGCCUCCAAGCCCUUGCAGGCGCAGAGUGCUCCAAGCACGUCUUCGCUCAGGGGUGCAACCACCGUUCCGGGAUCGGAAUCCUUUGGUGGCGCGAGCAGGACGUUGGCGGUUGGCGCCGGGGCCGUUGCCACUGCGGUCCUUGGACGAGGAGCUUUGCUGCGCCGCCGCGCUACUGCUGUGAAGAAGAAGGGUGUCCGCGUGGUCGAGGGCAAGGAGAUCCCCUGGAACCUCUUCAGCCCCAAGGCACCGUACGAGGGCAGCUGCGUGUCCAAGGAGACCAUCACCAGCAAGACCCCUUUGGUGAACUGGGAGACGUGCCAUGUGAUCAUGGACCACGGCGGCAAGGUGCCCUACAUCGAGGGCCAGUCCAUCGGCGUCAUUGCACCGGGCCCGGACAAGAAGGGCGAGACCCCAGCAAAGAUCCGCUUGUACUCCAUCGCCUCCUCCGCGCCCGGCGACGACGAGAGCAGCAAGACGGUGUCCUUGGUGGUGAAGCGCGUUGUGGAGGUGGCCGGACGUGGCUGGUGCGAGUACUCGAACGUCGAAAAGGGAAAGGAUCCUGAGUUCCCGGACGCAGAGAAGGUCUAUCGCGGAGUUUGCUCCAGCCACAUCUGCGAUUUGGAAGCGGGAGAUGACGUUCUUAUCACGGGUCCAACAGGAGCCGAGAUGCUGUUGCCGGAAGAUCCCGAGGCGAACAUGAUCUUCAUGGCUACCGGAACCGGUAUCGCACCAUUCCGAUCCCACCUGCGCAACCUCUUCCACGACAAGGUCUCGAAGGGCAAGUUCAAGGGCUGUGCGUGGCUGUUCUUGGGAGUUCCCUUCAGCGAGUCCUUGCUCUAUGACGAAGAGUGGAAGGAGAUGCAGGCCGAGUUCCCAGGCCAGUUCCGCUACGACUACGCAGUUUCCAGCGAAGAGAAGUCUGAGAAGAACAAAAUCAACGGAGAGAUGUGGGUGCAGCACAAGAUGAUGGAGUACGGCGAGGAUCUGUGGCAGUUGGUCAAGGAUCCCAAAACGCACGUCUACAUGUGCGGCCUCAAGGGCAUGGAGAGUGGCUUCGCGGAGUGUUUCCAGGAGAAGGUGGAGGCAGAGGGCAUGGUCUACACCGAGUUCUUGAAGAAGAUGAAGAAGGACAAGCGCUACCAUGUGGAGGUUUACUGA